AUGCAAAGUACCAAGCCUGCGAUCACAUCGCCCCUCCCACGGCCUGCGUUGACCAUGUCCGCUUCCCAACCGAUGCAUCUCGCUUUGAACUGCAAGACGGGGAGUGCAGGUUCGAUCGAUCGUGGAUCCGUCAUUUCGUCUGCCGUCAUCGUCGGUACAGCUCCUGUUGCACCAUCCGCGCAGAGUCACCACCCAUCUCCACUGCCGAUUGGAUCGAUCGAUCGUGAGGAGCGUCCAGUGAAGCAUCGCGCCACCUCUCCACCAACCGAUCCGAUGAUGAUUGAUGACCCGGCGCCGAUCCGCGCAGCGUCAUCCAUGCCUCCCCCUCAACUUCAGAUGAGUGCACCCUCGUGCUCGCAAUCCAUUGCGGCCGACACGAUGGACGACAGGUACUCCCAUCCCGUGCUGCAUGUUACCGCCAUGCUUCCCAGAUGCCUGUCUGACCGCUCCAUCAGUUGCCAGAUGUCUGCGCGGUCCUUGCGCAUCGCGCCAUCUCCCAUCGAGCACACCAGAUUGCAGGGAAGUCACGGUAGUCCAAGUGUCCCUGCCAUAUCUCUUGACGACCCACCACACCACGUGACUUUCCAUUCGUAUUUCGCGGACGUUCUCCUGGCCAAGUUCCGUUCGCUGCAGCCGACCGAGCAGAUCGUGACACUCGAGUCCGCGCUUAGGCGUAACUGGCAACGCACAUGGGCACUUGAGGAUAGCCAACAUACGAUGUGCUCGCAGCUCGAUGCCAUCAUGGGUGCACUCGGCGGCGACCCCACUCUCUUCGGCACUCGCUUCGGUGUCCUCGCCACUCAUGUCGACAUGGUUCCUGCCCAUCACCAUGAGGUGAUGCAGGGAUUGCUCGAGUUGGAGAAAUGCGUCAGGGAUUUGGAGGGGUUGGAUGACGAGUUUCCCUCUGAGGAGGAAGAUGAGGUCGUUCAUAGCAUAUCGACAGGCGCGGAAGGGGAUGAACAUAUCGAUUUUGAUGGGGAAGGGGAUGAACAUAUUGAUUUUGAUGGGGAAGAUUAG